CAGGCCGGCCGAGCGCAGCGCCGACCUGACGGGCGAUGUUCGGGGAAGCGGCGGAGGCGGCAGCGUUGGAGGACGACCGUGCGGCCCCAGCUGAGCCGCUGGAUGUUGCGCGGGGCCUGGAGAACCUGCCGGUGAGCGCGUGGCCCCCGGAGGCGAGGCCGCCGCCCUUCAAGGUGCCAGAGCCCAAGGACUUGGACCACCUUCUGCUGCUUUCCCGGGCCAUAGCAGAGAGCUGGAUUGGAAGUGGAAUAGCUGGGACUGUUCCAUAUUGGAUGCCGGCACUGCAGGCAGCGGCUCUACCCACUACACCACAGCAUUUAUGGAAAACACAAAUGAUGAAAAUACUAUGCGUGGAUUUCAAAUACACUCCUGAUCACGUGGAGGGACCCGGAGCAGACACUGAUCCCGCUCAGGCUGUCUUUCCUGGAUGCACGUGUACCACGGCUCCCUGCCUCCCCGGCACCUGUUCCUGCCUUCGCUGGCAGGAGAACUACGAUGAUCAUUUGCGCCUUAGAGAAACAGGAGCCGAAGCAGACUACGCCACGCCCGUUUUUGAAUGCAACAUCCUGUGCCAGUGCAGUGACCGCUGCAGAAACAGGGUGGUCCAGCGGGGCCUGCAGUUCCACCUCCAGGUGUUCCAGACGGACCUGAAAGGCUGGGGGCUUCGCACCUUGGAGUUCAUACCAAAGGGCAGGUUUGUCUGUGAAUAUGCCGGGGAGAUUUUAGGAUCCUCUGAAGCACAGAGGAGAAUUCACUUACAAACGAUCCAUGACUCCAAUUACAUUCUAGCUGUCAGGGAGCACGUGGCCCAGGGAAAGGUCCUGGCCACGUUUGUGGACCCUACCCACACGGGCAAUGUUGGGCGGUUCCUUAACCAUUCCUGUGCCCCAAACCUGCUGAUGGUUCCUGUCCGAAUUGACUCAAUGGUCCCCAGGUUGGCACUGUUUGCAGCCAAAGACAUUUUACCAGGAGAAGAACUCUGUUACGACUACUCAGGGAGGUUUCUUAAUCAUUCAGAUGGUGAAGACAAAGACAGGCUGGAUAAUGGGAAACUGAGAAAGCCUUGCUACUGUGGGGCCAAAUCGUGUACCGCGUUCCUGCCUUACGACAGCUCGCUGUACUGCCCUGGAUAGGAAAGAGAUUCCGGCCCGCUGGCCGCCCUGUCCUUUGUCAACAAGAAGGAAGCACACAUGGGGCUCCGCCUUGUCUGUGUUCCCCUGGUACAGGCGCCCUCCGUGCAGGGGAGCCGGUGGCCAGCCAGCUUUGCUGCCCAAGUGUAACUAGGCGUGCGGCAGAGAGCACAGAUAGCGCCAUCAGCAUCCUUUCUCCCCUCCUGUAACAGCAUUCCCCGUUUUGCCUGGGUACAUGGAAUACUCACUUCCUAGGUAGAUGUGGCUCAGUGACUCUGCUGGAGCUAACAGGAUAUCAGUAAAAACUGGCAUGUCCUUCAGUGGAGCUACCCCUUCUCCUCUUCUGUGAGCCUGAAUGCAUGCUGAGGGCCAAGGCUACAGCAGUCCUGGAGCACCCCAAGAUCACCCUGGCAAGGGGCUGAGAAUAGCAGAUGAACAAGAUGGAAAGGGAACUGCAUCUCUGGCACCACAGAACAUCCUGUGAGUGUGGCCUGACACCCCUGGACUUCUACAGAUUUGUUUGUUUAUUUGAGAGGCAGAGUCAGAGAGGUCUUCCAUCCACUGGUUCACUCCCCAAAUGGCCAUGAUGGCUGCAGUUGGGCCAAUCCAAAGCCAAGAGCCAGCAGCCUCUUCCAGGUCUCCCACGUGGGCGCAGGGGCCCAAGCACUUGGGCCAUCUUCUACUGCUUUCCCAGGCCAAGACAGAGUGGGAUCGGAAGUGAGGCAGCUGGGAUUCGAACAAGUGCCCAUAUGGGAUGCCAGCACUACAGACGGCAGCUUUACCCAUUACUCCACAGCACCAGUGCCCUCACCCCUGGACUUAGAUGAAUAGUUUCUCCCUUAAGUCAAUACUCUUGAGAGUUUGUUAGCACUCACAUUAAUGUUAAUCAUUAUCCAAGAGAACCUGAAGGUACAUACCUAAACCCUACCUUCUAUUAAGUUAUGAUACUUUUUUCCUAACAAUUUAUUUACUUUUUUGAAAGAAGGAGUGACAUGGAAGGAGGCACAAAGAAAAACAUGUUCCAUCCAUUGGCUCUGUCCCCAAAUGGCUACAAGUACCACUGCUGGGUCAGGCCAAAGCCAGGAGCCACGAGCUACAUCUGGGACUCCCACAUGAGUAGCAGGGACUCAAGCCCUUGGGCCAUCCUCUGCUGCUUUCCCAGAUGCGUUAGCAGGGAGCUGGAUCAGAAGUGGAGCAGCUGGGUGGCAAACCAGUGUGCCACUGUGGAAUUCCGGCAUCCCAUGCAGCAGUGUCACCUCCGUACCACACAGCCCACCCCAGCCUUCUGAUCGGCUUUUUUCAGCAAUAAAAGUGCUACUCUGAUUUCUGCAUCUUAUUUCUCUAAGCAUGGAUCGAGGGGGAAAAAACUACGAUUAAUUAUCACCUGCAUGAAGUCUAAUAAUAUCACCAAUUCAUGUUAAUUUAUUGUCAUCUGCUUGGAAGGCAGAGACUAUGCAAAGAGACAGACAAGGAGAGAGAUUUUCCAUCCCCUGGUUCACCCUGAAAUGUGUGCAACAGCCAUGGUUAAACCAUGCCAAAGCCAUGAGCCCAGAACCCCAGCCAGGUCUCCCACAUGGGUGACAGGGCCCCUGGCAGUUGGGCAAUCAUCUGCUGCCCUCCACAAUGUAUGAGCAGGGAGCUGGACACACGUUAGCUGGGACUGGGACCAGCCCUCCAAUGGAUGUGGGCAUCCCACACAGUGGCUUAACCCACUGCACCACACACCUGCGUCGGCUGUUUGUUCUCAUCCACUCAGCAGCACUAUGUUUGCCUGGCUGCCCAAAGCACAGGUCAUCGAUAAUUUUCCUCCUCCCCACAGCUAGUCAGUCACUGACCAAGUCCCAUAAAGACAUGUCCUGCACAGCCCCUGUAUACGCUUCCCUCCUGCUUCCACUACCUCUCCCCUGCAGCAGCCUGGCCGCCCUCCCAUCUGUGCCCUGCCAUGCAUUCUCCACCUCCCAACCCUUCCAAGACUUCUCAGCACUCCCAGGAAGGUGCCCAAGCUUCUGCAUGGGCCAGACGUCCCUGUGGAAGAAGCUUAAAGCAGCAGGAUGCUCAAGUCUGCCUUCAGGAAGAGGGAGGUGGGGAGAGGUGAGGGAGACAGAAAAUAGGAACGCGUGGUUUCACUUUACAUUGUCCUUACCUUGUUUCUCCAUGGAACAUCUGGAUUCUCCAUCCUGAUGUUACUUUGGGGUAUUUCUGGGGUUUCUUACACUCUUGUUUAUAUGGCUACUAGGUAGAAAAAAAAAGGGGGGGGGGAGGAGCCAGCAAUAUAAUCUAUUUCCUGUCUCAUUUUCCUUCCUCCCACCUCCAUUGGCCACCAGCCAGCGACCCAUCACGGAUCAGCCUGCUGUCCCCUUGUCACUCAUUUUCCUGCAGUCACACUCUCAGAGCUGAACUAGGAAAACACAGGUGACUUCUUGUACCACACAGCCAGCCCCGUUCAGUCCUAUUCCAUGGCCCCUACUUUCUAAGGGCAGCCACUCACAAAGCCACGGCGCUCUCCCCACCUGGCCCAACCCCUUGGCCACUUGAGUCCUCUCUCCCUGUCUUCUGCUCCAUCAAAGCCUUAGUGUAUGGCAGGCAGUCACGAAAAGGAGUCCCACUGGGGUUCCCAUCUGGGACGCCAGGGAGCCCUCCACCAGCGCUUCCACCUGCCCUCACGUUCCAGGAAGUGGUCAGUCUUGGGGUUUUCAUGGUCGUGUUUGCUGGCCAGUCUAGAUUUUUUUCUUUCCUCCCCAGUAACCAACUCACCUGCCCUCUCUCCC